AUGUGCGGCCGACGGCUUCUGCGCCAUCUGAUCUCCCAAGGAUCAAGCACGGACAAAUGCGACCCUGCGUCAUCAAUUGGGGCACAAUGGAGCGCGCUUCUGAUUGUGCUCGGUGCUUUCGUCUCCAGAUGCUGCCCCGCAGAGACGAACAACAAUGACACGGAAAAACGAUAUUUCGUACCUCCCGUCCGGCGCCCAUGCCUCGCCUCGCAUCGACCCUUGCUCUACGCCCUCUGCGACACACCGAGAUAUGCGUGCAUAAUCCACCGCAAGAACCGCGAGGGGGGUGUCGCGACGGUGCGGGCACCCGUCAAUGGAAAUGCGCUCCGAGGGUUCGAUUCGGACUUUGUGCGGGUGCCCAUCGUCGCGGUCGCAUCAAGAAAUCAGAUAGCGACGCAGCCAGCACUGGAGCGCCCGUGA